UGAUGAAGCUUAUUUAUCCAAAAAAUUAUUUUUCUUUUGUUAUUAUGUUGGUAAGUGUUCUUAUUGUGUCAAGAUCAAUUGUUGAAGCACGUCCAAAAUUUUGCGGACUCGGAGGUCAAUCAUCAAGAGAAUUCAGAAGACAGCAUGUAAAUUUUUAA